UUUUUUCUUCCAGAUUCCUAGUUCGAGUAGGAUCCUUAGCUAUAUAUUUAUAUACAAUGCUGUAUGCCCCUCUUAAUCAAUUACACACGAGAUACAAUGGUGACAAGCCAUGGCUCGAGAUUGGAACUCCUACUGUUGAAAAAACGAUUGAGUGUGAAAUUGCUGCUACCUGACGAUGUUAUAGAGCUCAUACUAGAGAGACUUCCGGUGAUGUCUUUGCUGAGAUUCAAGUCCGUAUCCAAGAAGUGGAAAUCCACAGUCGAGGACCGUCGUUUCCAGGAAAGGCAGUUGAUCUGUCGCAAGCAAUCACGAGGUCCAGAUUUCCUUUUCAUGUCCCUUCGUGAUGAUGAUCAGAUCAUAAAGAGUGCUCCAAUAGUUUUAUCUAGGUCAGAAAUAGUUUAUAAUAUCUGGUUCCGUUCUUUGUGCCGGUCGAUAUGCCACGGUAGUUGUGACGGUCUAGUAUGCCUCUACGACACGCGUGUCGGUGUGGUGGUGGCCAAUCCCGCCACUAGAUGGUAUCAAACUUUUCCUCUUGCCAAAAUUCAACACCACAUGUCUAGACACGGAGUGUCUGUCUCCCCAAGUCCUAAGCUUGGAUUCGGUAGAGACAAACUUAACGGCACGUACAAGCCGGUUUUCUUAUAUAAUUCGUAUGGGUUUGGCCUAGACAAUGUUACCACUUGUGAAGUUUUCGAUGUUGGCACUAAUGCUUGGAGGUACGUUCACCCUGCUUCUCCUUAUCGAAUCAACGCUUACAAUAAUCCAGUGUACUUUGAUGGGUCGCUUUAUUGGUUAACGGAGCUUGAAGAAAAUGUAUUAUCAUUCGAUCUUCACAAUGAAACUUUUCAAGUAAUCUGCAAAGCUCCCAUUGCCCAUGUACGUGACCCUUCGAGCGUCUGCAUGUGCAUCCUUGAUAAUAGCUUGUGUGUAUCCGAGAAUGACCGGUUCACAUUAAAGAUAUGGUCGUUGGAUUGUUCAGGCGGCAACACAAAGACAUGGAAGAAACUGGUUUCGGUAGAUCUAACCAAAAGGGGUUCUUUCUUCGGGCAAUGCGCACUCUUACCAAUAGCAAUCUUGGACAGGACUAAGUUAUUACUUGGUGGUCAUGAAUGCACGCAACAACUGGUGAUGCAUGUUCUCCAUACCAUAGAGGAUGAAAUACUCUACAGAUCUAAGAAACCCGUAGGUUCUUUUUGUUAUAUCCAAAGUUUGUUUUCAGCUUUAUCAAACUAA